AUGCCUAGCACUCCUGACACCGUGUUCCUGAGCAGCUGUACUACAAUCAGCUGGCUCGGCAACAUCAUUGACAUACUAAACUUGAUUGGUCCUGCCGCGUUCACGACCUUGCGAGCUCGUGCGCUCUCCGGGGGGAACAACAUAUUGACUGGUGCGGUGUUCACGCUGAGCAUCAUCCCGUUCCUCAUCAAUACGGUCACGUUAUACCAGGUUGUCCCUGUAAAUCUGCCCGCACCGUCAAACUGUACCGAAGCGAUCAUGGAGAGGAACAUCUAUUUCUGCACAUUAGUGUCCCUGAACACGGCGGAUAUCAUCCUUGUCGUGCUAGCCAUCACGACUCGGCCCAACGAGGCACUCGACGUCGUCGGCUUCAUUGACCCUAUCUGCUCGAUAUUGAACAGCCGAUUCCUACUCGCCCUUUACGAGACGAAUGCAUCCCUCGAACGGGGCGGAGCGUCGGACCUAUCAUUCUCCCUCAAUAUCGACGGACUCGUGGACGGAGCGAAGUCGCCUGAUCUCCCGGAAUUUCUUCCUUCUCUUGCAGGCCCGGUCCAUAUCACACCCGAUGACGAAGCGGACCUGCUAGACUCAGAGACGGGGCCGGGGAUUGGAUUCAAAGCGAGCACCGAAGUGGAGAUAGGAUGUGUUGUGGACUUGACUGGAGAGGUUGGACAGCAGGCGUGA